AUGGUGAGGCGUCUUCGCACGCGCCUCGCUGCGCCGAGCGGCGGCGAGGGCGGCUUUGGCUGCGCUUUCUGUGGUGCUCACCUCUGCGUCACCGAGGACAUCGUCUCCGACAACUUUCGCGGCCGCCACGGCAAGGCCUUCCUUGUCUCCCGCUGCGAGAACACUUACUAUGGUCAUCAGGAGGAGAAGCAGCUGAUGACGGGGCUGCACCGCGUGCGCGAUAUAUUUUGCUCCAACUGUGACCAGUACGUCGGCUGGGGCUACGACUUCGCGGUCGAUGAGCGCGAGAUGUACAAAAUGCAGCGCUUCGUGCUGGAGCGUCAGCUCAUUCGGGUCAUCACUCACGGGCAGCUGCGUGGGGCCCUGGGCUACAGCAUUCCUGAGGGCAGCAUCACCUUUUCGUUGCCUGUCGCGCGCUCGUAUACAUUGGAAUAG